UUGUGACUGAUGUGGAUUUCUCUCUUUCUCUGUUCUGUGUUUCACAGGCCAUUCGCUGCACACUGGUGAACUGCACAUGUGAGUGUUUCCAGCCGGGCAAGAUUCACUUACGAACAUGUGACCAGUGCAAACAUGGCUGGGUGGCUCACGCUCUGGACAAGCUCAGCACCCAGCACCUCUACCACCCGACCCAGGUGGAGAUCGUGCAGUCCAAUGUGGUGUUCGACAUCAGCAGUCUGAUGCUGUACGGCACCCAGGCCGUACCUGUCAGGCUCAAGAUCCUUCUGGACCGCCUCUUCUCCGUGCUCAAGCAGGAAGAGGUGCUGCACAUCCUACACGGCCUGGGCUGGACCCUCCGAGACUACGUCAGGGGCUACAUACUGCAGGAUGCUGCAGGCAAGGUGCUGGACCGCUGGACCAUCAUGUCCAGAGAAGAAGAGAUCAUCACCCUACAGCAGUUCCUUCGCUUUGGUGAGACCAAGUCCAUUGUGGAGCUGAUGGCCAUUCAGGAGAAGGAAGGUCAGGCAGUAACAGUUCCCUCCUCCAAGACAGACUCCGGUAUUAGGACAUUCAUUGAAAGCAACAACAGGACCCGCAGCCCUGGACUCCUGACACAUCUGGAAAACAGUAGCCCAUCGAGCAUUCACCAUUUCGAGAAUAUUCCCAAUAGCUUAGCCUUCCUCCUUCCCUUCCAGUACAUCAACCCAGUCUCUGCCCCCAUGCUCGGCUUGCCCCCUAAUGGCCUGCCUAUGGAGCAGUCUGCCCUCCGGCUCCGGGAGCCCAGCCUGCCAAACCAAGGUGAACAGGUGGAGACCAGUGAGUCAGAAGUGUCUCUGUCACCCUUUCGCACAGGCCAGAGUCCUAGCCGUGGAGCCAUGGGAGCCAUUAACAACAACAUUGAACCCAAGACAGAGCCCAACAACAGGGCAUCACCCAUCUCGCCAACCCCUUCUACCCAGCAAGCUCAACAACAGCAGCAACAGCACACACAGCUCCAGCAGCAACAGGGCCAACAGCAGUCCCAAAAUCAACCUCAGCAACCCAACAGCUUGAGUGACCAUCAGGUCCACCACCACUUUGUAAAGGAUGAGCAGUCUAAAACCAUCACCCAUCCCUCCUUUUCCUCCAAGAUGCAUCGCAUGCGCCGCAUGGGAGCCACUUCACGUAAGGGUCGCGUGUGCUGUAACUCUUGUGGCAAAACCUUUUAUGAUAAAGGCACACUUAAGAUACAUUAUAAUGCUGUACACUUGAAGAUCAAACACCGUUGCACCAUUGAGGGUUGCAAUAUGGUCUUCAGCUCACUUCGCAGCCGCAACCGUCACAGUGCCAACCCCAAUCCGCGAUUGCACAUGCCCAUGCUGCGCAAUAACCGCGACAAGGACCUCAUUCGUGCCAAUUCAACCACUGGCACACCCGUCAUCUCAAGCACCAAGAAUGGUGGCUUCACACUCACCAGCCCUGGAAGGCCACCACUGGGCUUCACUACUCCACCAGUAGACCCUAUGCUUCAGUCACCCCUGCAAAGUCCACUGGUGUUCCCCUCCCUGAAGUCAGUGCAGCCAGUCCAGCCAGUACCCCCAUUCUACCGUACACUCUUGUCCCCUGCUGAUCUCGUCAGUCCUCCAGUGUCACUUCCCACCAGCCCCAUCCUGCCCACCACCACUAACAGUACCACCCUAAUGGACCAGCAGCAGCAGAUCCUGGCUGCUGCAGCUGUGGCUUCACAUAAUAAUGUUCAUGUGUCAGAGGCUGGACCUAUGUCCCACCGCUUACCUACACCAACAGCCAAUCAGGACCUCACCAGUGGCAGCAGUGACCCCACGCCGAAAAAGAAGCCUCGUAAAUCUAGCAUGCCAGUGAAGAUUGAGAAGGAAGUGAUUGAUGUGGCAGAUGAGUACGAUGACAAAGAUGAGGAUGACGAUGAUAACAUGCACCAAAAUCACCACCAUCACCAGUCAUCCCUUCUUCACAACAAUAUCAAAAUUAAUGGAAAUUGUCACAGCAACAACAGUGGCAGUGGUACUGGGAACCACAGUGGUGGUAGUGGACAGCAAUCCCCUUCUCAAGAUGAGAUGAGCCCUGGAUUAGCUCUGAGAGGCAUGAUGAGACAGAGUGAAGAUGAAUGCCGGGAAGGGACUGGUAGCGACAGCAGGGGUGGAAAUGAUCUGCGAGGCUCUGGUGAGCUACGUUGCAUGGACAGCUUCACCUCUGAGGAUCAGGACCAUGAGAGGGACUUUGAGAAUGAGUCUGAAACCUCUGAUUCCAAGAUGUUCUACCGUGAUGAGCUCAUGGAUGUGGAGGAACAGCAAAAACACAGCAGGGGUGGAAGGGGUCUGGACAAGGAUCAUGACGAUGAGGGUGGUGAGGAAGCCCAUUUGAGAAAGGAAAUGGAAGGCAAGUGCCAUUCAUCACCCUCCCCUCAUCAGCCCCCUAUCAAGAUCAAGGAAGAACUCAACGAUCCUACUUAUGACAUGUUCUGCAUGGGCCAGUAUGGCCUGUAUAAUGGAGGCAUGGCAGCAGCUGCUGCCGCUGCUGCAAGUAUGGCAGCCCUGCAUGAGAGCUUCAUCUCUUCGAUGGGCUACGGUGCCAGCCCACCCAAAUUCCCUUCUUCUCAAUCACCAGAGGGGGAUCCGUGCUCAAGUCCUGACCCCAAGAUCUGCUAUGUUUGUAAGAAGAGCUUCAAGAGCUCCUAUAGCAUGAAACUGCACUACAAGAAUGUGCACCUCAAAGAGAUGCAUGUGUGCACUGUGGCUGGCUGCAAUGCUGCUUUCCCUUCCCGGCGGAGCCGAGACAGGCACAGCUCCAACAUCAACCUGCACCGCAAACUGCUGACCAAAGAGCUGGACGACAUUGUCCUGGACCCCCAACUCACGCCACUGCCCAAGGACCUGCGAGCCGAGUUACUGGCCAAGAUCUACGCCGGGCACCACAUGGGCUUGGACCCUAUGACUGGGAUGGGCAUCGGAGGCGCUAGCCUCGGACCCACCGGCCUGAACCACCAUGCCCGUUCCCCCAUGAGCAAUGAGUAUCCCCACCACCCUCUCAACCACGACUUUAAAAAUCACCACACCAACGGCUUCUCCCAGGGCCAGCCAGAUGACUACAUGGUGCUGGACCUGAGCACCACAUCCAGUGUCCAGUCCAGCAGCAGUGUCCACUCCUCACACGAGUCAGAUGAGGGCAGCGAUGAAGGCAUCCUGUUGGAUGACCUGGAGGAGGAGGAGGGAGAAGAGGAUGAGGAGGAGGGUAACAGCGAGGGGGAGGACUGCUCCCAGCGUGCCGAGAGGCGAGCUGAAGGGGGGCAUCGGGAUGAGACUGGAGAACUAAGAGGAGAAGGACAUGGUGAGGGGUUGGAAUCUUCCUCCUCACCAUUCCUCCUUUCGUCCACCGGGGGCAGUAUUGGUGGCAGCAGUGGGAUCCUCUGCAACAUCUGCCACAAAAUGUAUAGCAACAAAGGGACCCUGCGCGUGCACUACAAGACUGUGCACCUGCGAGAGAUGCACAAGUGCAAAAUCCCCGGUUGCAACAUGGUGUUCAGCUCUGUGCGCAGCCGUAACCGACACUCUCAGAACCCCAACCUCCAUAAAAACAUGCCCUUCUCUACAAUAAUAGACUAA